AUGAGCUGGUAUGUUGGUCACGAUGGACGACAGGUCUGGGUUGAAGCCCGCGAGACCGUGUUCACUUGUGACAAACCAGAGGACGUGUUGCCGAAUCGACAGCUGACAUAUUUGGCCUCCAACUUGCAGAAGACAGUGUUUGCGGAGCAUGCAGUCGAUGAUGACGACGUGAAGAAGGGCAAAAAGAAGGACCGGCAAGCCGGACGGCAGCGUGGGUUUAUCGUGCGGGUGGACCAGGACGAGCGGGUCAACGUCCUUCUUCCGGUGCAGCCUGCCGUGGACAAGCUCUUGACUAGCGGCGCCGUUUCACGUGUGGAUUUGGAUGAGACUGAAGGCAAGAAGAGGAACAAGAAAGGUCGCGAUGCUGAGCAGGCUACAGAGGAACCUGAACCGACUGGACUUCCACUCGGAGUGAACGAGUGCCGAGUGGAGACCAUUGCAAGAUGUCAGCACCAGGCACAUGGAGUUGGAUUCACCAUCUUGGUUUCCGAGGGCAGUUCAAAACAGAGGAUACACUGUUUCACGGCAAACAGGGAGAUGAGGCUGCAGGAGUGGCACGACAAGCUGGUGCAGGCUCUUGCAGCUGGCGGCACACGUGUGCUGAUGGGCCGAAUGUCGCCCGCCUUGGCGCCCGAUCCACCAGACAGCAAGGACGUCAAAGCCCAGAAGGAAGCUGCCAAAGAAGAGGAUGACUGGUUGGAUUCGUUGAUGGGACGCUGCAUGGUCAGUUCUGACAAGGCUGACAAGGAGGCCCCAAAAGUGGACCCCGCAGGCUCCGCAGGUGGCUACAACAAAGACAGCAAGGAUGAGGCCCCAGCUGCAAAAGCAGUACAAGUUCCUCCCUGGUUGCGCCGGCGGUGA